AUGGCAGAGCAAGCUGCUCCCGACACGGCAGAUGCUGCAGAUGCUCUCCACUCUGAAGCUCUUGUGGAGAGACAGGAUCUGCGACAUGACUGGGAAGCGAGGAUUGCCGCAUCGAAUCGACUGCAAGCUUCGAAGGUUAACUCCUUGAUGACUUCUAUCCAGAAGCUGCAGAAAGAGAACCUCUUGCUUCGAAAGCGUGGGCAAGAAGUCAACAGGACCGGCCAGUUUAAGCGCCUCCAAAACGAACUUGGCAGGCAGGACGUUAUGAUUGAGGCCUUAAGGUACUGCCUUGGUCCGGAGAAGUCCGAGGAGCUGGCGACGAAUGCCCUAGAUGCCCUUCUGACCAAUGCCGCUGCACAGUGUUCGUCCUGUCACAAGAGUGCAGCUGACCUCUUCCAAGCAGACGGGGAGCUGUUAUGCAAGAGUUGCUACAGUCAUCGCUACUGGCGGGAGCCACCUGCAGAGUUGCGAAGGAAGGUGUCAGAUGUGGUCACAUUUCCAGAAAGCAAGGAAGAGCUUGAAGCAGCGUGCACUGCGGCUGAACUGGAGAUUGCGGGUGCCAAGCGUGCCUUGAAGAGUUCAGAGAGUCACGAGUCUUCCCAAGCGGAGGCCUGGGCACCAGGGCUGCAAACAGCCGCAGCACUCAGCAACGUGCUUGCAGGCUACGUCCAGCGUGCAGACCAACUCCAAAAAGAAAACAGCUCGCUGGACGUUCAUCGGCGUCAGUUGGAAAGUGCGAUUAAGGAGCAGGAGCAGAUUGCCAGACUCCAGCUUCAUGAGCAGGUGGCUGCUCUGCCAACGAGUAAACAUGGUGUUCCAGCAAUCACCGUGGAUGACCUUCAACACCGUCUGAGCAUCAAGAGCGGCGAGGUCGAUCGAUUGGCGAAGGUCGUGAAGGACUUACACCAGCGUCUGUCAAUCCAGAAAUCCAAGCAGGACUCCAUCCUUAAUGAAGGGAAAGGCGUUGCCAGCGCUUUCUCUGAGCUCCAAGAGGAUGUGAGCAAGUGGACCAAGUCCACAUCGGAAGCACACGCGGUUCAAAUCGGCAAGCUGAAGGAAGCCAAAGACCAGGUACACCAGCAGCUGGUGAAAGGUCAAGCACAGCUCCGUGAAGCUCAAGGCAAGCUGCGCAAGUCUGUGCAAGGUGUAGCGCAGCAAAGAGACCCACUGGAGCUUGAGGCCAGAGUCAGGGCCCAGGCAGGAAGAUUGAUAGAAGCUGUGAAAGGUCUACAUGGGAGCACCGAUUCUGGAAAGUUCUGGUCGAAAGUGCAUGCUGAAGCCAGUGACUCCGGACUGGAACCACAAGUUCAAGCAGCAUUAAGCCGGCACGGCUACGGCGGCCAAGCGGGAGAGAAGCCACUGGACAUCAUUGCCUUGAAAGGCGACCUGUACUCUCUAGAGCUAAAGGGCAACGAUCGCGCAACGGGGCUUGCGAUGAUCCAAAAGUGGGAAGCUGACCGCAAGAAGAUGCAGGAUGCGUUCCGCGCUGAAGCCAAAGAACAGCUCGCAGCGCUGGACCGUUUUUCCCAGAGCGCCUGCGCCGAGAACGCUGCCCUCGAGCUCGCCAAGAGCCAGGCGGCGCAUCAGCGGAGAGAUGCAAUGCGGAAAGCCUGGAGUCAGAGUCCCAACUUAAACUUGGAGGGACUUGGGACGGAACAGCUGGCCAACGUGUCCCAGGCUAACAUCGUGCUUGCCAACACCGUGGAAGAACUCCGCAGCAAGCUCAAGGCAGUUGAGGACGAAAUGCAGAAUCGAAGAGAUGUGGCUGAAAGGAAUCGGAAGGCAGAAGAGAUGAAGGAAGAGAUCACUGCGGGGCAAAGAGCGGUCCAUGAGGAGCACAAAGCAGCUGAGGACGGUGCGGCCAAGCUUCGGGCUGCAGCCGAGUACUGCACCAGUCUUCUUAGCAAUGAAGCCAAUGUAGAAGCGGGAGGAGGAGAGAACUUCGCUCCUGGAGCAUCCUUGCUACCGUUGCCCUCAAGGCUUCUUGUCGAUUGGAGGGAGACCCUCAAGCUGCAGGCGGAGCUCGAUCUCGUCCAAGAAGAGAUAUCGAGACUGCAGCAGACCAAGACCACAAUCUGGGAUGCCGAGGCUCCAGAGGACAUCGAGACAAUGCAAGCACAAGUGGCCGAGCUCGAAGCGUCCUCAAUGGAGCUGCAUGAGGCUCCAGGCUGCUACGCACUCAGAAGAUUUGGAAAGGAUCAUGCUGUCGCAAUCUACGAAUUAGAGAAGCAAGAUUCCACCGAGCUGCAGGCAAGCACGAGGCAAACUGUUUGUUCGGAAGUGGAGAAGCCCCGUAUUUUGACCAUGACGGAGGAGAGGCCGCCUGCACUGGCAUCACGAGGUCCUCAUUGCCGCCUGACGCCGGCUGCCUUGAUCAUGUCAGCCGAGAGUGGGCAAAAGUGUAACAGCAAGCAGACGUACGCAACCGAAGCGAAGCUGGUCCCAUGCGUGUUGAUUGGGCUGUUUGCAGGGAUUGGCUCAAGGACAGCCAUGGGAAACACUCCCGGCGGAAUGCCGGGUGCCGGGGGAGGACAAGGCCAGGGUGCUAACAAAGAGAAGAAAGAUGGGGAUGACAAGAAGAAGAAGCACGAGGCGCUGGCACCACCCUCCCACUUCGGCAGAAAGAAGAGGAAGAUGAAGGGAGCGCAGGUCGCCAGCAAGCUCCCUUCAGUCGUACCAACCUCGAAGUGCCGGCUGCGACUUCUGAAGCACGAUCGAGUGAAGGAUUACCUUAUGAUGGAGGAAGAGUUUAUCCAGGAGCAGCAGCGGUUGAAGCCGAAAGAAGACAAGGAAUCAGACGAGAAGUCCAAGCUCGACGACAUCCGCGGGACUCCGAUGGAUGUCGGCUCGCUGGAAGAAUUUAUCGAUGAGAAUCACUGCAUCGUGUCAACGGCUAUGGGCCCUGAGUACUAUGUGAACAUCCUUUCCUUCGUGGACAAGGAUCAGUUGGAGCCUGGCUCUUCUAUCCUCAUGCACCACAAGAAUUUGAGUGUGAUCGGCCUUUUGGUGGACGAGGUGAACCCGCUCGUUAGCGUCAUGAAGGUGGACAAGGCACCGACGGAGUCCUACGGAGACAUUGGUGGCCUGGAGGAGCAGAUCCAGGAGAUGAAGGAGGCAGUUGAGCUGCCUCUGACGCACCCAGAGCUCUAUGAGGAUGUUGGCAUCAAGCCGCCUAAGGGCGUCAUCCUGUACGGUGUGCCAGGGACCGGAAAGACACUGUUGGCCAAGGCUGUUGCAAGCGAGACGUCUGCAACUUUCUUGCGAGUGGUCGGCAGCGAGCUGAUUCAGAAGUAUCUUGGAGAGGGACCUAAGCUGGUCCGGGAAAUGUUUCGCGUUGCGCAAGAGCAUGCCCCUUCCAUCAUUUUCAUCGAUGAAAUCGACGCCGUCGCCACGAAGCGGUACGAUACUACAAGUGGCGGCGAGAAGGAAAUUCAACGCACCAUGUUGGAGCUAUUGAAUCAGCUAGACGGCUUCGAUGACCGUGGCGACGUCAAGGUGAUCAUGGCCACUAACAGGAUGGAGUCCCUGGACCCCGCCAUGAUCCGACCAGGCCGAAUAGAUCGAAAGAUAGAGUUUCCGCUGCCGGACGAAAAGACCAAGCGACGUAUCUUCCAGAUCCACACGGGGAAGAUGACCCUCGCGGAUGAUGUCAACCUGGAGGAGUUUGUCGUUGCGAAGGAUGACCUCAGUGGGGCAGACAUCAAGGCGAUAUGCACAGAAGCUGGCAUGCUCGCCCUCCGUGAACGUCGCAUGAAAGUGACGCAGGCGGACAUGAGGAAGGCGAAGGAGAAAGCAUUGUACAAAAAGAAGGGGUCGUACCCCGAAGGCAUGUAUCUCUAG